UCAGAAGCCUCUCUGUUUUUUCCACGUUUGAUUGUUUUUUUCUAUUUCCUCUCCCCCGAAACCAAGUGGAAUCCACUCGCACAGCCCUCCUCUGCCGGGGGACACAAAUCGGUUCAAAGGCCGGCUUUUUUUGCGGGGAUGUUUCCCCCCUUGCAGCACCUAUGUUCGCCGUGAGAAGGAGGAAAACCCCCAGCCUCCCCGAGCCGGAUCCUUGUUGUUAUGUUAUUACUCGGAGGAGCUGUGUGAAGUGUAGGACGGAGAGGGAGCUAUAGAGGCUCGUCUCCGGCACCUCUCAGACCCACUUCUCUCUCUCAUCAUAUCCUGAGCAUUUGGGAGAUGUGAGGACUAGAAAGGGAUCAGUGACAUUGAGCAACCUGUGCAUUGACACGACCCCCUGGCCCCAUCUUCAGCAUGAAUGGGGAUAUGCCUCAUGUUCCCAUUACUACUCUUGCUGGAAUUGCUAGCCUGACAGACUUGCUGAACCAACUGCCCUUGCCCUCUCCUCUUCCUGCCACUACUGCUAAAAGUCUCCUGUACAAUGGGAGGAUUUCUGAAGAAGUCAGCAGCCUGUUGGGGUGCCGGGACGAGAACCUGGUGUCCCAGCUGGCACACAGCCUUAACCAGGUCUCCACCGAGCAUAUAGAGCUGAAGGACAACCUGGGGAAUGACGACCCGGAGGGCGACAUGCCGGUGCUUCUGCAAACAGUGCUGUCCAGGAAUCCUAAAAUCUUCAGGGAGAAAAGUAUAAUGCAGCAGCCAAUGAUACAACAGUACAAGAUGUCUCAAAAUCCUGUGCAUGGAAGUCCAGCAUCAAACUAUCAGCAAACCACUGUCCCACACAGCCCCUCCAGCCGCUUUGCCUCGUCACAGUCUGGGUCAGGCACACGGUUUGUGCCCCAGCAGAACAGCCCUGUGCCCAGCCCAUAUGCACCUCAAAGCCCUGCAAACUACAUGCAGUACAAUCACCCACCCAGUUACUCUCAACACCAACAGAUUCAGCAAGUUGCCAGUCCACUGGUUUCUGGUGGUGUGAGGACUGUCCAUGACAACAAGGUCUCUGGACAGCUAUCAAACAACUCAUCCAAUCAUAAUGCGAGACCAGGCUCCAACGAAGACUACCUGAACAUGGUCCCACGACUUGGAAAUGAGCAGGAGAGUGACCCUACCAUGAGGGCAGCCUCCUUCCCAGUUAGAUCGCCACAGUCUGUCUGUUCCCCUGCUGAAGGUGAGGGGACCGCCACCAAAGCAGGGUCAAGACCUCCUCUUAUUGUGCAGUCUCCGCCCCCCUACAUAUCACCACACGACUCGGCAGCUCCUGAACUGCCUCUUGUCUCUGCUGACCGUGAAAAGAUGCACAAAAAACUGAGUAAAGAGGAAAAUGAGCAGAUGGACAAAGAUGCCUUGUAUGACAUUGUUAGGUCUCCAUCUAAAGACUCUGCCAAGCUGACUUUAAAACUAUCCAGAGUGAAGUCUUCAGAGAUGGAUCAGUCCGGAGAACUCUCUCCUAGGGCAGAUGACGAAUUAAACCAUGAUGCUGAUUUGAUGAACAAUAAUCAGUUGUCAAGGACAGGACAGGCCUCGUCGCACAGGUUAGAUGCUGGGAAGCAGGCAGGUUGUCAGCAGGCUCCUGCUCACCCAAAUACCAAGCAGUCUGGGGUCAUCAGUGGGGUUGUGUAUGAUGACGCUGAGAUGGAAGCGCUUGCUGAGAUUGAGAGGAUAGAACGUGAGUCAGCCAGCGAGAGGGAACGGUGCUCUAAAGAAGUUCAGGAUAAAGACAAGCCACUGAAGAAACGGAAGCAAGACUCGUAUCCUCAGGAACCUGGAGCUGGGGGCACAGCUGGGGCCAGUGGAGGGCCUAGUAUAGGAGGGGGCAACGUGGGCAGCAAGUUGACACCUCAGGAGGCUAGUGCUGCGAGUAAUGGUGCCAAUCGGCCUGCUUUGAUGGUCAGUAUUGAUCUACAGCAUGCUGGCAGAUGUAAAGGACAGCCAGAAGUGGCCUUGGAAGCACAGCACUUGCGUGAGGACCGUCUACGACAUCUAAAAUCAAAGACAGGUGGAGAAACAGUCAAAGAUGGAGAAAGAGGACCGGGGAACACUAAACACCGCACCGACAACUCCAGGAAGCCGAGCUCAGAUGGCCGACCAGAAAUCCACAAACACAAGCAAGACAACCGGCGGGAUUCAAAGCACCGACAUGAAAGCAAAUCUGACAACAGCAAGGGAAACUCCGAUGGCAGAGGGACUGACGCCCCACGACAGAAGCAUGAUGGCCGCUCUGAUUCUGGCCACAGAGAAGAAAAGCACCACCACAGUGACCAAUCCCGUAUCCGCCAUUCAGAGUCCCUAAAGUCAUCAAGUAGGGAUGAGCGUAACUCCAGAAUUGGGCAAGACAGGGACAAGGACAGGCACAGAGACAGGGACAGGGACAGGGAUAGGGACAGGGAUAGGGACAGGGAUAGGGACAGGGACAGGGAUAGGGAUAGGGAUAGGAAGAAGGAUAGGACUAGGGACAAGGACAAAGACAAGGAUAGAGUCAGGGAACGGAAACACAGGACUGAGUCUGGUGAAAACCGGAACAGACACUCUCCUGACGAGCACACUAAGCCUGACAAACCCAGAGUGAAGCACGACAACAGAGGAUCAGCAGAUCACAGUGGUCGCCAGAGGACAGACACUUCCAUCCUUCAAAAUCCCCAAAAGAAGGAGAAGGGAUGUGAGGAUAGUAACAGGAAACGCGAAGAUGUAAACAAGCGGCCAUCUUUGGAGGCAAAACCUGUAGAGUUCCCCCCAUACCUGCUGGGCGGCAACUCGGGAAGUUUGAAGAAUUUUGUGAUUCCUAAACUAAAGUCUGAUGGGAGGGAUAAGGAUCCAGCUGGAGCAAAGUUUCUUGAGCCUCGGGUCAGCCUGAAGAGAGUUUCAUUAGUCGAGAACUUGAACAAAGGAGCUAAGCCUGUUGUUGUGCUUAAGAAACUCACUGUUGAUGAGGUAAAGAAGAUCAUUAGGGUGAGAGAAGGCAGGAACAGCUCCACGUCCAGGAACUGCUCCUCCUUUGACAAAUCACGGAAAGAGAGAGAUUCCACCAUGAGUGACAGGGGGAACGUGUGCAAGCGCAGGCACAGCAGGCACAGUGAGACACCCAAAUAUGCCGAGGACUCAGAUGAAGACGAUGAUGACUCUGUGACUGAGUCUGCACGGAAAAGGCACAAAAAGGAUCAGGACAAGCCAUGGGAGCAAGAGGAGAAGAGAGGCUCCAAAGAGCACCGGCGAAGUGGAGGAUUUCCCGACGCUCGCCGGGGGUCCAGUAGCCGCUACCGUGAACGCAGCCCAGAGGACUCAGACGGAGACUCUCCCGCCCCAAGCAUGAGUGAUGUUGCCAGAAAAAUGAGGAAAAAGGAGAAACAGAAAAAGAGGAAGGCAUAUGAGCCCAAGCUGACACCAGAGGAACUGAUGGACUCCUCCACAUUUAAGCGAUUCAUGGUGACUGUGGACAACAUUCUGGAGAACCUCGAGGAUGUGGACUUCACCGCUACAGAUGAUGAUGAGAUCCCUGAAGAGCUCUUGCUUGGGAAGCACCAGCUGAGUGAGCUGGGGAGCGAGUCUGCUAAGAUUAAAUCCAUGGGCAUCUUCAACAAGCUUCCAUCUGACAGACUGAUAAAGAUCUUGAACAUCCUGGAGAAGAACAUUCAGGAUGGGGCCAAACUCUCCACAUUAAUGAAUCAUGAUAAUGAUGCCAUGGAUGAAGAGCGGUUGUGGUGUGACCUCAUCAUGGAGCGAGUGACUAGGUCUGCUGAUGCCUGUCUGACUGCGCUCAACAUCAUGACCUCCCCACGCAUGCCAAAGGCCGUUUACAUAGAGGAUGUGAUUGAGAGGGUGUUGCAGUACACCAAGUUCCAUCUGCAAAACACUCUUUACCCUCAGUACGACCCGGUCUACAGAGCGAACCCCCAUGGAGGUGGCAUGCCUAAUUCAAAAGGCAAGAGAGCAAAGUGUUCCACACACAAGCAGAAGGUGGUGGUCAGGCUCUACAACAAAGUGUGUGACAUCGUGUGCAGCGUGUCCGAGCUCCUGGAGAUCCAGCUGCUGACUGAUACCACCAUCCUCCAGGUGUCGUCCAUGGGCAUCACACCGUUUUUUGUGGAGAAUGUCAGUGAACUCCAGUUAUCUGCCAUCAAACUAGUGACAGCGGUUUUCUCUCGUUAUGAGAAGCACAGACAGCUCAUUCUUGAAGAGAUCUUCACCUCGCUGGCCAGACUACCCACCAGCAAGCGCAGCCUCAGGAACUUUAGGUUAAACAGCAGUGACGAGGAUGGAGAGGCCUUGUAUAUCCAAAUGGUCACAGCCCUGGUUCUUCAGCUCAUCCAGUGUGUGGUGCAGCUCCCCUCUGAAAAGGACACGGAGGAUAAGCAUGAUAAGAAGGUGGAUCAAGCUGUCCUCAUCACAAACUCCUAUGAAACUGCCAUGAGGACCGCUCAGAACUUCCUAUCAGUUUUUCUCAAGAAGUGUGGCAGCAAGCAGGGAGAGGAAGACUACCGCCCUCUGUUCGAGAACUUUGUUCAGGACUUGCUGUCGACAGUGAACAAGCCUGAGUGGCCUGCAGCUGAACUGCUGCUGAGUUUACUGGGACGGUUGCUGGUGCACCAGUUUCGUAACAAGCAGACAGAAAUGGCCCUCAGGGUGGCAUCGUUGGACUACCUUGGCACUGUUGCUUCCCGUCUGCGUAAAGACGCUGUCACCGGCAACAUGGACCAAAAAGCAAUCAACCGCAUCCUUAAAGAGACUCCAGGCAGCGAUGAGACCCAGCAGCUGCAGAAGGCCUUGCUCGACUACUUGGAUGAGAACACAGAGACAGACCCGUCUCUGGUGUUUGCCAGGAGGUUUUACAUUGCCCAGUGGUACAGAGACACUACAAGCGAGACAGAAAAAGCCAUGAAGUCUCAAAAUCAGGAAGAUGACUCACCAAAAGGUCGACGUCAUGCCAACGAUGUUGAAUUAUCUGGUGAGAUUAUGCAGAAGGCUGAGGCACAAAGAAAGUUCCUUCGUAAAGUCAUGAAGACUUCAUCAUCACAAUUCAACACACUGAGAAACAGCUCGGACACUGUGGACUAUGAAGACUCCUGUCUGAUUGUCAGAUAUUUGGCCUCUAUGAGGCCGUUUGCACAGAGCUUUGAUAUUUAUUUAACACAGAUCCUAAGGGUGCUGGGUGAGAGUGCCAUUGCGGUCAGAACUAAAGCCAUGAAGUGUCUCUCUGAGGUUGUGGCUGUGGAUCCUAGUAUUCUGGCACGGUUGGACAUGCAGCGUGGCGUUCACUGUCGCCUCAUGGACAACUCCACCAGUGUGAGAGAGGCAGCGGUGGAGCUGCUAGGCCGUUUUGUGCUGAGUCGCCCUGAACUCAUUGAGCAGUACUAUGACAUGCUCAUUGAAAGAAUAUUGGAUACAGGUAUUAGUGUGAGGAAGAGGGUCAUCAAGAUCCUGAGGGAUAUCUGCUUGGAGCAGCCCACCUUCCACAAGAUCACUGAGAUGUGUGUCAAGAUGAUCCGAAGAGUCAGUGAUGAAGAGGGGAUCAAGAAACUAGUAAAUGAGACUUUCCAGAAACUGUGGUUCACCCCAACACCGAGUCACGAUAAAGAUGCCAUGAACAGAAAGAUCCUCAACAUCACAGAUGUGGUGUCAGCUUGUAAAGAUUCAGGCUAUGACUGGUUUGAGCAGCUUCUCCAAAAUCUCCUGAAGUCAGAAGAGGAUUCGUCUUAUAAACCAGCCAAGAAAGCCUGCAUUCAGUUGGUAGACAAUCUAGUGGAGCACAUGCUGAAAUAUGAGGAGUCUCUUGACGACUGUGAGAACAAAGGGGUCAACUCAGGUCGUCUGUUAGCAUGUAUCACUACCCUCUACCUGUUCAGCAAGAUCAGACCGCAGCUGGUGAUCAAACAUGCCAUGACUAUGCAGCCGUACUUGACUACAAAGUGCAACACCCAGAAUGACUUCAUGGUGAUCUGUAAUGUGGCUAAGAUCCUGGAGCUGGUCGUGCCCCUGAUGGACCAUCCUAGUGAGACCUUUCUCACCACCAUAGAAGAAGACCUCAUGAAGCUGAUCAUCAAAUAUGGCAUGACGGUUGUUCAGCACUGUGUGAGCUGUCUUGGUGCCGUUGUGAACAAAGUCACACACAACUACAAGUUUGUUUGGGCUUGUUUCAAUCGCUUCUAUGGAGUUCUGGCCAAGCUGAAGACACAGCACCAAGAGGAGCCCAGCAGCCCUGCUCAUGUCGCUCAUAAACCUGCUCUGCUACGCUCACUGUUCACUGUGGGGGCUCUCUGUCGAUACUUUGACUUUGACCAGGAGGAGUUCAAGGGCGCUAACAAGGUUAUCAUCAAAGACAAAGUGUUGGAGCUUCUGUUGUACUUCAGCACUCACGAAGAUGAAGAGGUCCAGAUCAAGGCCAUCAUUGGUCUAGGCUUCCAGUUCAUCAUGCACCCAGCACUCAUGUUUGUGCAGGAUGUGAAGACUCUGUACCAUGACAUCCUGUCAGAGAGAAGGGAUGUGGUCAAUCUAAAGAUCCAGGUGCUGAAAAACCUGCAGACGUACCUACAGGAGGAGGACUGUCGAAUGCAGGAGGCCGACCGCGAAUGGAAGAAGGUGUCCAAGCAGGAGGAUCUGAAGGAGAUGGGCGACAUCUCAUCAGGCAUGAGCAGCUCCAUCAUGCAGCUUUACCUGAAGCAGGUGCUGGAUUCCUUUCUCCACACGCAGUCCAGCGUUAGGCACUACGCCCUCAAUGUCAUUGUCCUGACACUCAGCCAGGGCCUCAUUCAUCCUGUACAGUGUGUGCCCUACUUGAUUGCCAUGGGAACGGACCCUGAGCCCACCAUGAGGAACAAGGCUGAUCAGCAGCUGGUGGAGAUCGACAAGAAAUACACAGGCUUCAUCCAUAUGAAGGCUGUAGCAGGGAUGAAGAUGUCCUACCAGGUGCAGCAGGCCAUCACCGGAUCCAGAGACACGGUGAUCCGAGGUUUCCGUCAGGAUGAGACAAACUCGGCUCUGUGCUCUCAUCUCUUCACCAUGGUCCGAGGAAACAGGCAACAUAGGCGAGCUUUCCUGCUCUCCCUGCUCAACCUGUUUGAUGACAGCUCUAAGACAGAGGUGAAUAUGCUUCUGUUCAUAGCAGACAACAUGGCCUGCUUCCCCUACCAGAGCCAAGAGGAGCCCCUGUUCAUCAUGCACCACAUAGACAUCACUCUGUCUGUGUCUGGGAGCAACCUGCUGCAGUCCUUCAAGGAGUCUCUGUUGAAAGAGCCGGUACAGCGGCAAAAGAAGAAAAAGCCGCCUCGGAAGAGAAAAUACUGCUCUGAGGACGAGGACGAGGAGGAUGAGCAGGACAGUAGCAGUUCGAGCAGCAGUGACGAGGACGAUGAGAUAAUCCGAAGGCCAAAGAAAUCCUCCAAGUCUCAGGAUUCUGAUUCUGACUCCGACGUGGAAGACGUGGAUAAAGUGAUGGACCGUCUGCCUGAACACCCCGGCCCUCUGCUGGACUUUGCCAAUGCUUCCCAGGGAGUCCUGCUGCUGCUGGUGCUGAAGCAGCAUCUGAAGAAUCUGUAUGGUUUCUCAGACAGUAAAAUCCAGAAGUAUUCUCCGACGGAGUCAGCCAAGGUGUACGACAAGGCGGUGAACAGGAAAUCGAAUGUGCACUUCAGCCCUCGGCAGACUCUGGAUUUCCUGAACAGUGAUCUAGCCAGCUCAGAUCUCAGCUAUGAAAUCAAGAGGAGUAUUGUGAAGCAGUACUUAGAUUUCAAGUUACUGAUGGAGCACUUGGACCCUGAUGAAGAGGAUGAGGAGGGUGAAACAAGUGCUAAUGCCAGAAACAAAGCCAUCACUUCACUGUUGGGUGGCCCCAGCACCCGGAACCACAACCACCACCAUCAAACCGCUCCAGAAGAGACAGAUGACGAAGACAGUGACGAUGAUAAACCCCCUGCUCGGCGAUCGAAGAAAGGUGGGGAUUCCGCAGAGGCUUCAGGUCACAUGAAUAAAACAGUGGAGGCUAUGGACGUCAUCGCCAUCUGCUGUCCCAAAUACAAAGACCGACCACAGAUUGCCAGGGUCAUCCGAAAGACCAGCUCUGGCUACAGUAUACACUGGAUGGCCGGGUCUUACUCUGGGCCCUGGGCCGAGGCCAAGAAACGGGACGGUCGCAAACUGGUGCCUUGGGUGGACACUAUCAAGGAGUCGGACAUUAUUUACAAGAAAAUUGCCUUGACAAGUGGACACAAGCUCACCAACAGAGUGGCGCAGAAUUUACGGGCAUUAUAUGCUGCUAAGGAAGGGACUAAAAGUUAAUUAACCCAAGUUUCUCAGACCCUUUGCAGCCAAACUCCAGAGGGAUCCAUUAUUUUAGAAACAGAGAAGACAAAACCUCAUUUGAAAAAAAAAAAAAAUGUAAGGACCUAAUAGAGGAGGACUAUUGUGAACUCUGACCUGUGGUGAAAGCCACGGCAUGUUUAAGUUAAACAGAAAAAAACACAAACGAGAAGGAAAUGUUUGGGAAAAACAUUGUGUGGGAGCUCCUUCGCUGUUGUGCAGCAACUUGGUUGUUUGAUUUUUACUCCCACUGUAUUAUCAUUUAACUAAAAACACAUGUUUAUAUCUGAAAAAAUGUACAAAAAUAGUGAAUGUUGGAAAUUAGUCUGUUGAUGAUGUUCUUAAUAAAGUGUUCUUGGAGUUUAACCUAGUACCUGAUGGAUUUAUUUAGCUUACCUGCGUUUCAGCAACUUGUACAUGUUUUUUUUUCUUCCCUAUUACACUCCUUUUUUUGUUUACCCACGCUGUGUAAUGGAGUCUCUUUGAUAUAAUUUAUUAUGUUAAAAACAAUGCAGUAUCUGUGCCUAUAUGCAGGGGAAGUUAUAUUGUUUUAAAUAUAGAUUUUGAUGUAAAAGUUCACCGAGCAAGAGAAAAAGGAUCCCCAGCACUCCUGGUGAAACAAAUACUGCAAUAAAGUUUUUUUUACCUCUCUUUGUUAC